UGGCGAAACUUGUGUAAUAAAACCGCGACAUCUGGGACGUUGAUCGCCGAUCUGACGGCUCUGCGCGUGUCUGCAGCCACUCUACAAGACUACAACUACUGCCAAUCCCGGCCCACGGCCCAAUCCAGCCGCGCCUCUCCGUGGCCCAGAAGAUGCUGCGCCGCCUACCGCUCCGCCUCGCGCCGACGCUCGCCGGCGGCGGCGGCGGCGCCAUCCCCCACCGCGUCCUUCGCGGCGCGUGCACCACCGCGCCAGCCUCCAGGCCCCCGCCCUACCCGCUCUCCCCGUCCGACCUCGACGCCGUCUCCGCGCUCCUCCCGCGCCUCGUCUCCGCGGGGAACGUCCCCGCCGCCGGCCGCCUCCUCACCGCCGCGCUCCUCCUCCCGGGCUCCACGGAGCGCCUCCCGUUCUCCCCGCUCGCCGCGCACCUCGCCUCCAUGCCCACCCUCACCCCGGCCUUCGCGCUCCUCACCGCCAUCCGCCACCACCCGCUCCGCCCCUCGCCGCUGCCCCUCGCCACGCCGCUCCUCGGCCACCUCCUCUCGCGCCGCCGCGCCCGCGAGGCCGCCUCCGUCGUCCGCUGGCUCUGCCGCCCGGACUCCCCGCAGCGGCCCGACAGCGCCACCUUCGCUGUCGCCGUCGCGGGGCUCUGCCGGCUCGAGGACCCCAGGAACGCGCUCGCCGCGCUCCGGGAGAUGGCCGUGGACGGGAUACGGACCUCGGCGAAGCUGCGGGAGUCGGUGCGGGACGCGAUGCUGCAGGACGCGAGGAUCGAGGAGGCGUGGGCGCUGGAGGCGGCGAUGAAGCAGCCGGACUCCGGCAAGCUGGCUGAGCUGGUCCAGAAGCUUCUCGAAGAGUGGGAGGACUGAGACAUUGCCGAGGUCGAAGGAUAUUGGUUCUCCCUUGCUUCUCGAUCAAGGCACAACGUGUUGAAAAAUGGACUUUUUUCAGAACAAAGAACAGACAGUUCUCCCUAAACAGAGAGUACAAAGCUUCGGGUUUAUAAGAACUUGCAAGAUUAGGAUUACAAAGCUUCUAGUUUAUAAAAACUUGCAAGAUUAGGAUUAGCGAUUGAUUUAUCUAUCAAAGAGAUGUUUAUAAGAACUUGCAAGAUUAGGAUUAGCGAUUGGUUUAUCUAUCAAAGAGAUGGUUUAUAAGAGAUGAUAAGUCACCUGUACAAUGUCGUGAUUCUAUUCUUUUAGGGUGUGUUUGGAUAAUGAAAAAUGGGGGAUGGGAUUAGAAUUGGGAAAUGAAUGAAGGGUUAAGAUUAAAUGAAAGAGGGAGAAUGAACAGUUACGAUUUAAA